UAUGAAGGGGAGUAGUUGUUGGUGCCACCGUCGCCGCCGCCGUUGCCGCUGCCGCGCUUCAGAAAAAGCCGCAGGAGGAGACGCGGAGGGGAAAAAAAGACGUCGGUCGGCGCCCGAGACUUGCUCUGAGCAGGCAGCGGCUUCGGAAGGCCAAGAACCGGGAAAGCCUUGGGAGCUGGGCGAGCGCCCGAAGCCCCUCGCCUCGGCCGGCACGAGGCGGACCGCCUUCCCCUGAAAAGUUUUGGUCGGCGGUGGGUGGGAUAGCUGGAGGACUGAAGCCCAGGGCGGCAACUGCCUGAAGACCCUGGAGCCUCGCGCUGCUUUCUGCAGUUGGGGUUCGCCCCGAGGUGGGAAGAGAAGGUGCGAAGGUUUGGGGGCGGUUGGAUCCCGCCAGGUGGGUUGCGCGGAUCCGGACUUCAUCCUUUGAGCAAGAACCUUCGCUCGCUCUUGCGCUGGGUUUUGUCUUCUUCUUUUUUUAAUGAUUAUUAUUACUAGCGCGUGUUUCCAGCUUCGUGUGCGUGAGAGGACUUGGGGGAUUUGGAAGAACUUCAGGGGUGCGGAAGAAAGAGAUUAUUAAAGCAAAAAAGAAGAGAGGAUUUUUUAAGGGCGCAAAAAAAAAAGUUUGCAAUAGAGAAGUUAUUGAAAAGCUGGAAAUGUCCUAUCGCUGCUGCGUCUUGGUUGGGUACCUGUUCCUAGUCCUGCUCUUGCAUGGGCUGGGAGAAGGUUCUGCGCUUCACAACAGCAGGACUCAUCCUCAAACGUUAGAAAAGAGUGCAUGGCGAACUUUCAAGGAAUCACAGUGUCAUCACAUGCUGAAACAUCUGCACAAUGGAGCUCGUAUUACUGUACAGAUGCCACCCAUGAUUGAGGGACAUUGGGUCUCAACUGGUUGUGAAGUUAGAGCAGGUCCAGAAUUCAUCACAAGAUCCUACAGAUUCUACCAUAACAAUACAUUCAAAGCUUAUCAGUUUUACUAUGGAAGCAAUCGGUGUACAACCCCAAUCUAUACCUUGGUUAUCCGUGGUAAAGUCCGCCUUCGUCAAGCAUCGUGGAUUAUCCGAGGAGGGACUGAAGCGGAUUAUCAGUUGCAUAACAUUCAGAUCAUCUGCCACAAUGAGGCAGUAGCCGAUAAACUAAGUCAGUUGGUGAACCAUACAUGUCCUGGAUUUGUAGCAGGAGAUAAACCUUGGGAGCAGAAUGUGAGCUAUGAUUUAUGGAGAGAGGAGAAUGGCUACGAGUGUACAAAGGCACUGAAUUUUGCUAUGCAUGAACUUCAACUGAUUCGAGUAGAGAAACAAUACCUGCACCAUAAUUUAGAUCACUUAGUAGAAGAACUGUUUCUUGGAGACAUCCACACAGAUCCUGCUCAAAGGAUAUAUUAUCGCCCAUCCAGUUAUCAACCUCCACUCCAAAAUGCCAAGAACCAUGACCAUUCAUGUAUAGCAUGUAGGAUCAUCUAUCGAUCAGAUGAACACCAUCCUCCAAUUUUGCCUCCAAAGGCGGAUUUGACUAUUGGAUUACAUGGGGAAUGGGUGAGCCAGCGCUGUGAAGUACGACCUGAAGUGCUCUUUCUUACUAGACAUUUCGUUUUCCAUGACAACAAUAAUACCUGGGAAGGUCAUUACUAUCAUUACUCUGAUCCAAUCUGCAAACAUCCCACCUUCACUAUUUAUGCAAAAGGCCGUUACAGCAGGGGUAUACAUUCAACCAAAGUGAUGGGAGGAACAGAAUUUGUCUUUAAAGUAAAUCAUAUGAAAGUUACUCCCAUGGAUAUAGCUACAGCCUCUCUACUGAAUGUUUUCAAUGGAAAUGAAUGUGGAGCAGAAGGAUCCUGGCAAGUUGGGGUGCAGCAAGAUGUGACUCACACAAAUGGAUGUAUUGCUUUGGGAAUCCGUCUGCCUCACACAGAAUACGAGAUCUUCAAAAUGGAGCAGGAUGCCAGGGGGAGAUACUUGCUAUAUAAUGGCCAGAGACCUAGUGAUGGAUCCAGCCCAGACAGGCCAGAAAAAAGAGCAACCUCCUACCAAAUGCCCUUAAUUCAGUGUACAUCAGCAGCCCCAAGAAUAGAAGGAACAUUAGAAGAAAACAUUCUAGGAUGGUAUAAUAGUGGCGCAUCAGCAAGCAAUUCCUGUGCAUUUGUGCUAGCCACAAUAGUGGCUAUUUAUACUGUGCCACACUUGGAUCUUCUCAGCUAGAAGAACAAACAUUUUGAAAUUUUUCAGAUCAGGACAAUAUAGAAACUGGGAUUAAUGAGAAUGGCAAAAGGCAUUUUUAAGACAAAAAAGAAUAACUAUUUUCUUGAUGCACUUGAAUGCCUAAUAACUUUUAUUAUUUUCUCAUGCUUUCCUGUAUUUGAAUCAUGAACAGCACUCAUUUCUUUGAGCUUCAUCUAGUCUGAUCUACGGUUUGACAUGACUGCACAAUAGUAAUUGCACUUUAAGACUGCAGUUUCUUUAUUUCAUAUUAAAAACUCUGUUACAACUAAAGAACAUAUUCUGCAACCUUUCUUCCAUCGGCUUUGCUGUUGCAGUCCAUUGAAUUAAAAAAAUAAUUUCUUCACUGACUUUAAAUAUCAGGUAUUAUACUUCUAUUGUGCCAAUACUAGAAAACUGCAUCUUUCUUAAGCUACAAUGUACAUAUGUAUAUACAAAAAAUUCAAACCAUGGAUGUAUCUAAAUAUACUUUUAUAGAUUUUACAUAUUAAAUGCUUAGAAUAAAAAAACUGAAUGACAAAUAUAAAAUCUUCAAAAAUUGAAAAUGUAUAAAGAUUUUUUGUGAAAUUAAAUUCAGUGAUGCAGAAUAACAUGACACAUUUUAUAUUGUUACUCAAUGCAUGAUAAUUUAAUGAUUUUCUGAUUUCCAAUAAUUUGUAAUUAAAAUUAUAAAGUAAAAUGGGGAAGAAAGGAUUACAAGACUUCUCAGUUAACAGCCAAAGUGUUUUUUAAAUAUAUUUUCAUGAGAGAAAUGUUGUCAUAUUCAUUGCACGUACCUUGAAUCUCAUUUUAUUAAAGUGGGAAAUUCAGUUAAACAGGAAUAAGUUCUAAUAAAGUCAUUCUUUACAAGGAAACUUUUAAAACUAAGAUCAUGUAUCAAUUUGUUAAACAACAGAGAUUUAUAAGCAACUUAAGUCAAAUCGCAAAAUUGUGUUGGUUGAGCAAAGUAGAGGCAUUUUAGAUGAAGGGUAAUUCCAUCUUUAUUUGUAUAAUGGGAAAGAUAUAUGCUACAAAUAUGUAUCAUUCUUUUUCUUUAGAAUCACAGCUCCUUAUCAAAUAUGACAAGUCCAGAAAACACAGGCUUCUCCAGAUUGUUUUUUCUACAAGUGUGCAUUUGUGUGUACUGCACUCACAAAUGCCUACAUAGUUGCCAUCUACUAGUAUGCAAGCAAACUGCCACUGUGCAUAGAAACAGUAAUGAAACAGAGCACAUGGGUGAACUAAACCACCAUUAUAUCACAAAAUAUAACAGAUAGCCCUUACACAUCUUAAAGAGUGCAGUAUAUAGAAUACGAUUUAGCCAUUUUAUAACUUCCUUAAUUUUAAAAGUCUAAUUGGAAUUAAAAAUACAAGAAAAAGUUAAAGGGAAGAUUAUCCUUUGAAAUUAAAAACUUUUUGAUAUCCCAUGUUUAAUUGAUUUCUACAAAUUAAAAUUGUAGCUUAUGGUUUAUUCCCUUUUUAAUAAAAUGCAUUACUGAAAGUACUGCAAAGAUCUGAAUAUGAAAUUAAGAAAAUUCUUAGCUAUUUUUUUCCAGGAAUUACAUUAAAGCUGAAUAGCAAUUCUAUUAAGAUUGCUUUUUGUUAGUUAUUUUUGAAUCUUUACAGCAAGCAAUAUAUGUAGAAAAUCAAAAGUACAUUAGUACAUAUUAAUUCUCAAACAUUUCUAAAGAUGAUUUUAAAAUAUCACCUACCUACUUCACUACAACAGUUAUAUUUAAACCCCAUUAUAACUGGUAAGGUAGCAGUUUAGUUUUUAAUUUAACUGAGAAACAGAAGACUUAAUGUGCUUGAACUUCCAGUCAGUACUCUGUACUGUAUUCACUUCCAUGUGCUUCCCACAUACUAUUUGAGAAUUUAUGUGCAUGUUUAUUGACACAAUUCCAGCUCCAAAAUUUCACUUUACAGACUGAGUUAUUGGCAAAACCGUUCCACUUUUAUAUUUAAUAGGGAAGAUCAUGAGGAUAUCACGUCUUUAAACUGAAUCUUGCGUUAAAAAUGUAGUAUAUAAUGCAUUCUAUUGUUUAAUGCUAAUAAAGGGACUGAGCUCUGAAAUUUUCAUCUCCUGGUAUCUGGGUAUGCUACUGAAAUUUACACGAAUGCUGGCUUAAUUUCCUUCCAAUUGUAUGGAAAAGAAACAAAAUACACUAAAACCAAAGGGAAUGGGAAGAUGAAACUAUAAGCUUACAUUAAAAUGAUACAAAAAACAACCCAUAAAUGAGCAUUCACAAGAUGUAUGAAAACUAGAGAUAUUCUUAAAAGCAAAUUAGUAUCAGUUGAAAUAUUCCAGUAAUACACUGGCCACAUAUUCAUUUCCAGAGAGAGAAUUCAUUUAUAUUAAAGGCAUUCAUUUAAAUAAUGAAAACAGCAUGUAAUCAGCUGUAUUUUCUGAUGUUGACUGGAAAAUGGAUUUACAUGUGUGCAAAACUACAUCUACUGUAUUAAAACCAAUACAGUAAUCCUUUGCACUUAAAGGGUGUUGGACUAUGGGAUUAGCCCGCUGCAAUUAAAUGGAUUCAAGCAUGUUUUCACUUUUUGGGAUUAGAUUGUAAACUGUCUUACGUAUGUGCCCAGGAAUUGUAUAACACACUUUUUUCUAAUUUAUCCCUGUUCAUUUUCUAAUUAAAGUGCUUGGAAAAUUGGAGCACAUUAAUUAUGUUAAUACUCUAAAUACAUGAAACUAAUUACUAGGAGAAUAACUAAGUCUUUUAAGUAGAAUAUGUUGUCAACUUCAGCUGUCUCUCAUUUCUUCCUAUCCAGAUGUGUUGAGAUUGAAACUCCCAACAUUCCCUUAGGAA